AGUGAAUUUCCGGGGGAAGAGAAUCAGUGUGAGACCGUCUCUAAGUAGCAGGGAGAAGGGAGACCUGGCUGUGACUACUAAUAUGUUGCAGUGAAAUUAAAAUAACUCGAGGAUUCGUUUCGAGCUUCUAUUUACCAAGUCUGGUCCUGUAACCAAUUGGAGGAAUACAUCAGCAAAGGACACACAUACCAGAUCUCCAGCAUCCAAAGUUCUUUGUUUUGCGAAGCAGGGAGGGUGAUCAGGCAGUGAUUUUCAGAGAUUUCACUAGAGAUGCUACAGUCAGUUUGAAGGAGCCUGAGGCAGCUGACAAUACAAAAGGAUGAGCCUUUACUCCUGCUUUUUAUGCUUCUAGGAAAAAGAAUUUUCAUUUAAUUGAUUUUCACUGAACCCAGAAAUCGUAACGGGCACAUGUCCAAAACAAAUCUGUAGUUAACCCAACACACUGCAGUUUUGACUGCAUUAUUUAAAUUCACAAAUCUCCUGGGCUUUCCCCGUACAAAUUUCCAUUUGAUCAGAAGUGGAGACAAAGUGAAAAUGAUGAAGUACUGGGGUGAGAUUCCCGUAUCCUCUGCUCAGCCCAGUCGGAGUUCUUUUGACCUGCUACAGCGGGAGUUCCGGACGGUGGAAAUUCAAGACCCUCCAUUGCACCAGCCCUCGGCUGAUCGUCCCCGACCUACAACCAUGUUAGACGUGCCAUCCGAGCCCUGUGGCCUAACUGUCCACACCAUUCAGCUUCUACAGUAUAACCGACGGCUGCGGAGUCUCAUCGCUGCAGCACAGGCACAGGGCCAGCCACAGGUGGAGGGCAUGAAGGCAGAAGAAGCUGAGACCCUGCCACCUGCACCCGACUCACCGCCCAUCCCGGAUGAGCUACUGCCUCUGGAUAGCAAAAGCCCAAAGCUGCCUUUCCAGUUGAGGCACAGUGACCCAGAGAGUGACUUCUACAGAGGAAAAGGUGAACCUGUGACAGAACUCAGUUGGACGUCUUGUCGGCAGCUGCUUUACCAGUCAGUUGCCACCAUCCUGGCUCACGCGGGCUUUGAAUCUGCCUACGAGGGUGUUCUGGAAACACUGACAGACAUUGCCAAUGAUUACUACUUCAAAUUUGCAAGGCUUCUGCGUUUUGCCACGGAUCGAGAAGCACGGGUCGGGCAGACUCCAUUCCAGGAUGUGAUGGAGCAGGUCUUCCACGAGAUGGGAAUUGGCAGCGUGCUCUCCUUGCAGAGGUUCUGGCAACAUCGUAUUAAGGACUAUCAUAGCUACACUCUCCAGGUGAGCAAGCAACUGGCUGAAGAGUAUGAGAAACUGGUUAGUCCUGAGAAGAUCUCAACUGAGGACACUAAACCAUUGAAAAUAAAGGAUGAGCCUAUAAGUGACAUUGCUUUCCCAGUCAAUGAAGAGAAUGAGUCUGAUCUGUCUGCAGGCGAACAGGCCCUCCAACUUGGGGUCCUGGCACAGGCUCAUGAACGUUUUGCUGCUGCCCUGGAGGUUGAUGCAUCCCCUCAGACAUCAGGCCCUGAGGUAAGCAGCUCUCCGUUGUGGAACCUUACUCAAGUUAAAAUGGAGCCUCAGGAGAAUGAAGAAGGCAAUGGACCUCAUGGUGUUUUGGGCAAUGAUGUUUUCGAAGAGCCAAUGUCUGCCAUGAGUGACUCUGGUAUCCCGCAAACCCCUAACACUGCUGGAUCUGAUGGCAGCUAUAUAUCCCACUCACCUGACAGCCUGAUAGCCUCUUCUCCUGUUUUCAACCAGCGACCAAAGAAAAAGAUGAGAAAAAUGUGAAUAUUCAUUGGGCAUGCAAAAGCCUCCUUUAUUUUCUUUUCUCCUUUAUCUUUCAGAUGCUUAUUUGAAAUAGUUCUUUUCCAUAAUAAAUAAUGCUAAACUUAAA